CGGGUCUGGAGCUGGAAACACGCGACGAAGCCAGCAGAGAACCCAGUGAACAUCAUCAUCAUGCCUCCAGCGAAGCGCGUGAAGAGCAGCGCUGGAUUGCGAUCCCAGAGCGCUUCCGGACGACCGACUGCGGGCGAUUUAGAGGGCAACAGCGAGUUUGCAACUCUCGCAAAGCAGCACUGGCUCAAGAGCUCUAAACGGGCUACAAGAGUGAAGGUCAAGAACGACGUUCUCAAGCAGGAAAUAUGGGACACGCUUGAGAAGGAGGGCUUCCCGGUCAAGUCUCUGCUCUCAUUAGAGAGCCUUCAGAUCCUCGAGAGCUACCUUUGGCCCGGUUAUGGGGAGGAAUCUUCCAAUUUCCAUGUUCUGCUGAUAGUACUCAUUUCCAAUGCGAAGCGCAGAGAGCGCCUGGAAACAUGGGAGCUUUUCAAUGACCGGCCGACCGAUUUCUCGAGUCUCUUCCGUCGAGUCCUCUCUCUGAGCCUCGACGGUACCCUAUCCUGGACCAUUCGAACGCAUAUCCUCCAAUUCAUCAUACACGCGUUCCAAAGCUUGGAUUGUGGCAUUGUCCGAAAGGAGUGCGCGCCGCUCGUGUCGAUCUCAAUCUGGCACAACAUCUCGACUGAGAAGAAGCGAGACGAGUUACUGGAUACGAAUACGCACCUGAGGAAGGCCUGGAAAGCAUCGGCGAGACGGUACGACGCGGCGGAUGAUGCGACAAAGGCACGGUUGCGCUUUGAAAGAUCGUGGUUGUAUACCCUGGUGCUGGACUUUCUCAACGUACUCUACUCAGAUCCUGCUAAGGAGGAGCAAGCUCUCUACUGCGAGCGCAUCGUGGAGUUCCUCACAGACUUGCAAAGUCAAUUGCCAACACGGAGAUACAUAAACACACUGCUGCAAGAUCUCCAUGUCUUGCCAGCCCUGGCACUAUCUCCCCUAUUCAAUGACGAAGACAACGAUCUUCUGCGAGCUCUCUUUGCCGUCUUAUCCCACUAUACGUACUUCGCCAUAGACGACCAUACAGGGGUCCAGCACAGUCGGACAGAAGCGUACGACCGGCAUUGCUUGAAGCUCUCGAAAUUGCAGCGCAUAGCAUUGAAGCACUUCAAGGAGAAGUUGACGGUGUUGGCCUUGGCGAACUAUGCAUCGAUUGACAGGCGCGGCGAGCUUGAGGGCCUGCUUGAGCCCCUCGCUGCCGACGAGAUCACGCAACUGGCCGAGCUCUUAGAUCUCAGAACGUCCUACCCCGACUCUGUCAAGAUAUCGCCUGACCGCAAAUUCUUGCUAGAGGUGCUUCUGUCCACUUUUGAGAAGCGCAAAACCUUCCAGGAAACAGCUCGUGACCUCAGUGUGCUUCCAGAUGAAGAAACACUUUUCGAGCAUGACUUGAUCAGAACCGACCACUACGAUGGUUCGCAUCCACUAGCCCUUCCGAAGCUGAACUUGCAAUACCUGUCAGUGGGCGAUUUUCUCUGGAGAGCCUUUGUCCUUUACCGAUGUGAGUCUUUCUAUGGGAUUCGCCGAGAUAUUGAAGAUGUGAUCAAGAGACUUCAACCUGAGGCCAGAAGAUCAGGGGAGACAGCCUUCAAGGGGUUCUCCAAGAUGGCAUUGCCUAUUAACAAGCCAACUAUCCUUGAGGUCAUCCCGCCCCGGGUCGGCGACGACAAGCCAUCUACGGUCCGGGCCGAGGUGGUGAUCGACGUCAGGAAGUUGUCUGAGGGUAUUCGACGUGAAUGGGAAUCGUUGCGCCCCAACGAUGUUGUUUUCCUCUUGGCCGUCGACCCAUCCAAGCGCAGCGAUGCCACCAACGGGGGAGGGCCUUUGGCUGAAGGCCAAAAGAUGGGACUCGUAUCUGUUCGGACGGCCGAGGUCAUUCAGCUCAUGGAUGACAAGGACCGCGGUGUUCGAGAUGCCCAAGCGUAUUUUGAUGGCCGUGGACGGAAUCCUACACGACGGAUUCAACUGCGGCUUGAUGCAACUCGAUAUAGGGCAGACACGGAGAACGCUUCGUCAGGCCAAGGGAAUGUUUACGAUGGCAUCAACGUCAUCGUUCGAAGAAGCGGGAGGGAGAACAACUUCAAGCCUGUUCUCGAAUCCAUUCGCAGUCUCACUCUUUCCGACGUUCCUCUCGCCCCUUGGCUUCACGAGGUGUUCCUGGGAUAUGGCGAUCCGGCGGGAGCAACGUACAAGCAUCUUCCCAACCGGGUUAAGAGAAUCGACUAUCGAGACACUUUCUUGGACUGGCAGCACCUCGUCGAAAGCCUCCCAGGCAAAAUCGUCGAGCCAAGUGAAGAUGCGUCUGGGAGCUUUGGGCCGCCAUACGUGCUCGAAAACGUGGAGCCUCAAGUCAAAGAAGUCUCGUCAAAGCCUUCGAAGAAGCGGAGACGGGAUGCAGAGCCGGCACUUCUCUCCGAGGUAGAGACAUUGAAAGUGUCGACAUACAAUCCGCCAAAUAAUGGGCCCUAUCCGAUCGACGUGCCCAAGCUGAAUACCGUACGGUUCACGCCAACCCAGAUUGAGGCUAUCGUAUCAGGAUCCCAACCUGGGCUCACUGUCAUCGUCGGGCCUCCGGGUACCGGAAAGACCGAUGUCGCCACACAGAUCAUCAACAAUAUUUAUCACAACUUCCCCGAGCAGAGGACACUGCUUAUCGCCCAUAGCAACCAAGCCCUCAACCAGCUCUUUGCAAAGAUUGUUGCCCUAGACAUAGACGAGCGACACCUGUUGCGUCUUGGCCACGGCGAAGAAGAGCUUGAGACUGAGGGUAGUUUCACCAAGCUUGGGAGGGUUGAGUCCUUCUUGGAGAACCGGGACCGGUACCUGCAGGAAGUCAACCGCCUAGCUGCCAGCAUGGGUGCUCCUGGUGCUCAUGGAAAUUCUGCAGAAACGGCGGGUUACUUCAAGUCUGUCUACGUUGACCCCGCCUGGGCCAAGUUCACCGAGGUUUCGAAGUCGGAGGACUCGUCAUCGGAGGACAUUAUCAAGGCGUUCCCGUUCCGCUACUACUUCGCCGACGCGCCCCAGCCCCUCUUCCCUCCAGAUGUAGACCGCGAGACGGUCGUGGAGGUUGCGAAUGGCUGCCACCGUCAUAUAUCGAAGAUAUUUUCCGAGCUGGCCGACGUCCUUCCCUUCGAGAUCUUGCGACGCGAUAGGGACAAGGCCAAUUACUUGCUGACCAACGAAGCCCGUAUCAUCGCCAUGACCUCUACUCACGCUGCCAUGAGGAGAGGGGAGAUUGCUUCUCUGGGAUUCCAAUAUGACAAUGUCGUCAUGGAAGAGGCCGCCCAGAUCACCGAGAUUGAGAACUUCAUCCCUCUGGCCAUGCAGAAACCCAAGGACGGGCAGCUGUCAUUGCAGAGGGUUGUGUUGUGUGGAGACCACUUCCAGAACUCGCCCGUCAUUCAGAGUCUCGCGUUUCGGCAGUAUGCCAACUUGGAACAGUCGCUAUUCUCUAGGCUAGUACGUCUCGGUGUGCCGGCCAUCACUCUGGAUCAACAGGGUCGUGCUCGGCCGUCAAUCGCCCGCCUUUACCAGUGGCGGUAUCCCAACCUCGGCAACCUCCCACAUGUCGAGACUCACCAAGAGUUCUUGACUGCGAACGCAGGCUUCAAGUACGACUACCAGUUCAUCAAUGUCCCGGAUUAUAAAGGCAAAGGAGAGACGGAACCGACGCCUCACUUUGUUCAAAACCUGGGCGAGGCCGAGUACGCCGUGGCGAUUUACCAGUACAUGCGUUUGCUUGGCUAUCCGGCCUCGAAAAUCAGCAUUCUCGCAACAUAUGCCGGACAGCGGGCCCUGAUAAGGGAUGUCCUGGCGCAUCGUUGCGCGAAGAACCCCGUCUUUGGCCUGCCAAGGAUCGUCACCACCGUCGACAAGUAUCAGGGCGAGCAGAAUGACUACAUCAUCCUAUCAUUGACUCGUACCUCGAAGGUGGGAUAUCUACGUGACAUUCGUCGCCUCACCGUGGCCCUCUCUCGUGCACGCUUGGGCCUCUACAUCUUGGGCCGACGCGAGGUCUUCGAGGCCUGCUACGAGCUCCGCGAAGCCUUCGAGUUGUUGCUUGAGCGGCCGGACAAGCUCGUGCUCGUGACGGGCGAGCUCUGGCCCUCGAAACGCAUCCUGGCUGAGGAGGUUGACAAAGAGGUCCCCGGGGAGGCUGUCAUGGAGAACGUGGAGCACAUCGGGCAAUACGUCUUCGACAUGACCAACACGAGGGUCAAGCAACUGCGCGCCGAGCGUGGAUUGCCCGACGAGGCACCCCUGAGUCAGGCUAUGCCGCAACCUGAGGACGGUGCCACGGAGAAGAUCGAUGAAGAGGACGAGGACGGCGCCGAUGCUAGUGCCGGUGCGGAGGCCCCGGUGGAGGGCUUCGAGGCUGAGGAGGAGGGUUGAUUGGGAUUCCGAGACCGAGUCACGCAUAGUUCAUGGCGUUUGGGGAGUUAUCCGUGAGAUUGUACCGUCCCACCAGGGACUGAUGCAUCGAAAGGGAUAUUGUUGGGACCCUUAUCUCGCUGGGUUCUCAUACUGCCCACUUAGACGCGACUGAAUACAAAAAAAGAUGACCGACCUACAGUGCAUAAUUAGAUGACCGUUUGUAUGCUGGAAGGGCCUUUAAAAGUCGGGAUCGGCGUGAUCGAGGUGUAGCUCAGUGUAAUAACAAACCACACCUUGGAGACCCGUUGUGCCAUAGCUCCAGAGCAGAAAUACAGUAAAUAAGUUUUUGGAGA